GUGAGAUCUUCAACAAUUCUCUUCUUCUUGUUAUCCAUUUUUGUAGUUGACCAACUUAUUGUGAUUACAGAGCAAAUGCCUUCAUUACUAUCUGUCCGCAAUCUGCAGCUUCGUUUAUUUGUACUUUUAAUUCUGUUCUGUGCAACUAGUAAAGCACUGGUAUCACUAGAAGCAGGUGUAUCAGCUAUGAUAAAGGUACAAGCAGCAUCAGCACCAACAAGAAUGAUAAAUAAUAGUACUAGUACUGGUAGCAUAGCAAAGCCAGGUUGCAGAGAUAGGUGUGGGAAUGUAAGUAUACCAUACCCAUUCGGAAUGGAUAGCAGUAACUGUUAUCUGAGCAUUGGUUUUAAGAUAUAUUGCAAUUCCUCUUACAAUCCUCCAGUUGCUUUUCUGAUAUCAGGGCAUGCUGAUCGUCCCUGUAAAAUCUUAGAGCUCACCCAAGACUAUGUUCGUAUUAAUAUAUCAGCACCUGCCAUAUGUGACCUUGAUAAUACUACUAGUAUCACCUCAAAGUUGAUUGAUCCUUUGACUAACUCAACAGCACCAAACUUCUUUGGAACACCCUUCACCAUUUCCAAUACUCUCAAUAAGUUUACAGUCCUUGGUUGCAAUAUCUUCGGUGUCAUCUCACCACUACAGGUUAGUAUAUUUGGUGAUGGAUCAAAUUUCACAAGCAUCGGGUGUGCAACCCGUUGUGUAUCCAAUGAGUCCAUAGCUAUCCCAUCUCCUUGUCUAGGUAAUGGUUGUUGUAAGGUAUCAAUUCCUGAUAGACUUUCAAAUUUCAUUAUAAAGAUAGAGAAAAUAAGCUCUGGUGCUAGAGUUAUACAACCCUUUUUCUCGAGGGGUCCGUGUGUCCAUGCUUUUCUUGUUGAGCAGGGGUAUAAGGUCGAUGAUAUAGUUUUGUCUGAGGACGACACGUCUGUACCUGUGAUCUUAGACUGAGCGAUAACAGAUGGCUUUCUUACAUGUCAGCAAGCUCAAUCAAAUCUCAGUCAGUAUGCUUGUGGCAGAAAUACUGAUUGCUUUGAGUCUUACAAUAGUCCUGGUUAUCGCUGCAAGUGUUUAAAAGGCUACGAAGGAAAUCCUUACCUUCCCGGUGGAUGUCAAGAUAUUGAUGAAUGCGAAGAAUUAAACAAUUGCGGUAAAGGGGUUAAUUGCUUGAACACACCAGGCGGCUAUAACUGUGUUUGUCACCUGGUAAGCUUUUGGUAACCAAUGAACUGGGACUGCAGUGUAUGGCUAACAAACAAAACCUUCUAAUCGUUGUGGCUGUACCAUUGGGUAUUGGAGUAAGCAUAAUUGUUACAGCUUUACUCGGAAUGGGCUAUUGGUUAUACAAUGAAUUUCAGAAGAGAAAGCAAGAUAAAUUGAAGCAGAACCACUUUGCAAGAAAUGGUGGGUUGUUGUUAAAGCAAAAGGUCAAUUCAAGUGAUGGUAGAGUUGAAAAGGCAGCAAAAAUCUUUGAACAUGAAGAGUUAGAGAAGGCGACAAAUAACUUCAACCCAAGUAGAAUUAUAGGCAAAGGUGGCCAUGGUACCGUUUAUAAAGGCAUGCUACCAGGUGGUGAAAUAGUAGCCAUUAAGAAAUCUAGACUAGUGGAUGAAACUCAAAUUGAUCAGUUCAUUAAUGAAGUCGUUAUUCUCUCACAAAUCAACCAGAGACACAUUGUGAAACUAUUAGGUUGUUGUAUGGAAACCGAAGUUCCCUUGUUGGUUUAUGAGUUUGUCUCUAACGGAACACUCUCAUACCAUCUACGUGCAGAGGAGGGAGAUAAUGCAUCACUUUCAUGGAAGGAUCGCGUAAGGAUUGCAUCUGAGAUAGCUGGAGCACUGGCAUACUUACAUUUGGAUGCUUCUGCGCCAAUCUUUCCCAGGGACAUAAAAUCUGCCAACAUACUGUUAGAUGAGAACUACAAGGCAAAAGUCUCGGACUUCGGAAAUUCUAGAUCGAUACCUGUAGAUAAAACCCACUUAACCACACUCGUGAGAGGGACCUUUGGUUACUUAGACCCCGAAUACUUCCAUUCAAGCCAAUUCACUGACAAAAGUGAUGUCUACAGCUUCGGAAUAGUUCUUGCGGAGCUCUUAACGGGAGAAAGGGCAAUUUCUCAAAUCAGACACGAAGAAGAGGAGAGUUUGGCAUUUUAUCUCAUAAAUUCAAUGAAAGAAAGUCGCUUGUUUGGGAUAUUAGAUUCUAGAAUUUGUAAUAAAGCCACCGAAGAUGAUGUUAUGGUUGUUGCAGAACUAGCAACAAGAUGCUUGAAAUACGUUGGAAAGAAAAGGCCUGACAUGAAAGAAGUGGCUCUUUCUUUAAGCUGGCUGCAUGAGAAACUUUCAAGAGAUGGAGUAUUGAAGCUUCAAGAGACAGAAGCCAAUUCAGACAAUGGUUCAGUACUGAUCUUCCCAUUCUUGGACUCAUAAAUAUUUUUAUACAUCUCUGCUUGCUUGUGCUAUUAGUAUGAUAAAUGCAUCAUUGCUUGAUCUGCUUAGCAUUAUUACAGUGUAUUUCAUUCCAAUAGUUGAAUCCCCAGCCCAGCUCCCCCUUUCUGCUCUCUUAGACAAAGUGAUGCCUAAUUAACUCCCACUGUUUAUGGGGAGGGGGCUAGGGUCACUGCAAGAACACUUGUGUUGUGUUAGCCUA